AUGGCAAAGAUUUUACCGAAAACUAUGAAAGCAGUUGGGCUUUACAAAUAUUUGCCUAUUUCAGAUAUAAAUAGCCUUAUUGAUUUGGAAGUGAAUAUACCAAAAUUACAGAAUACCGAAGUUUUAGUGGAAGUUAAAGCAACUGCAGUUAAUCCCAUAGAUACAAAAGUUAGAGCGCCUAAACCUAACAUCGAACCUAAUCCGAGGAUUCUUGGUUGGGAUGGUGCUGGUAUAAUUGCUGCUAAAGGUGAUAACAUUAAAACAUUUAACAUUGGAGAUGAAGUUUUUUUUACAGGAGACCUUCGAAAAAAUGGUUCAAAUGCUCAGUAUAUAGCACUUGAUGAAAUACAUGUUGGACCUAAACCAAAAAACCUUACGUUUGAGCAAGCAGCAGCUAUGCCUCUAACGACAGUUACAGCAUAUGAAUCACUUUAUGAUCGACUGUUGCUCUCUGAGAAAGAUAGAGGGAAGUCAUUGCUUAUUAUAAACAGUGCUGGAGGUGUAGGUUCAGUGGCCACUCAGUUAGCUACUAAUUUGAAACUUAUUGUAAUUGGUACGGUAUCAAGGGUUGAAACAGAAACAUUCUCUCGUAACAAUGGUGCUCACAUUGUUCUAAACCACACUGAAGAUCUCCUUCCACAACUUGAAGCCAAUGGAUUUGCAAACGGAGUUGAUUACAUCUUAGUAAAUUAUGAUCCUUAUCCAUAUUGGAAUACAUUGAUGAAAGCUAUUAAACCUCAAGGAAAAAUUUGCCUCAUAGUCGAUAGUAGUGGCUUAGUGGAUUUGAAACCUCUAAAAGAUAAGAGUGUUACAUUGGUUUCUGAAAUGAUGUUUACAAGAAUCAAAUAUAACACAGAAGACAAAAACAGGCAUCAAGAGAUUCUGAAAAUUGUAUCAAAAAUGUUUGAAGAUGGACUUUUGAAGAGUACUUUAACAAAGACAAUAUCACCAAUUAAUGCUGCUAAUUUGAGAGAAGCUCAUAGACUCAUAGAAGAACAGCAUAUGAUUGGAAAGUUAGUUUUGUUUGGGUUUUAA